GCAAAAUGUUUUUUGAUAAUUAAAGCGAUAAUCUCAAGGUAUAUAAUUUCUGAAUUUGUGUUACAAUAACUCCGUACUAUUGAGAUAAACGAAAAUGUCGUCCUUAACACUAACAGUGCUGUUAUUCGCACUUUUUCAGGCAUACAAUUGCCAAAAAUCUCCAGAAAUCAUUCCGGUUCCGGGAGGUCUAAGCGGUUCCGGUACAAGCACACGUUACUGGGAUUGUUGCAAACCAUCAUGCGCAUGGUUAAUACCUGAAACCAAUGAAAUAGCACCUGUGCAAGCAUGCGAGAUCGAUGGCGUAACUCCAAUUGACGACAAUUCCCAAUCUGGUUGUGAAGUUAACGGAGUUUCAUACGCAUGUACCAACCAACAACCUUGGAUUGUGAAUGACACACUUGCGUAUGGAUUUACUGCAGCUUCUUUUAGUGGUGGAGUGGAUAACAGCAGAUGUUGUACCUGUGUACUGCUGUCUUUCCAAGGUGACCUCAAAGGAAAACAAAUGUUGGCCCAGAUAACCAAUACGGGUGGUGACUUAUACGAAAAUCAUUUUGACAUCGCGGUCCCCGGGGGCGGCGUCGGAAUUUUUAAUUUGGGAUGUAUGAGUCAGUGGAAUACAACCGAAAAUGGCUGGGGUGAAAGAUACGGGGGUAUCAGUUCUCUGAGCGAUUGUUCCCAGCUGCCCUCCGUGCUUCAACCGGGCUGUAGGUUUAGAUUUGAUUUUAUGAAUGGGGUGGAUAAUCCUCCGGUCACGUUCGAAGAAGUGGAGUGCCCAAGUGAACUGUCUGCUAUCACUAAAUGUAUACCAGCUUAAUAAAUGUCA